AUGCGCGACCUGCUCAGAGAUGCUGCCGUAGGGCAGGUCCUUCGUUUUCUUACGCGUGGAAAAGUCGCUACCUACCCCGAAGACGCCAUAGACUUCAAACUCCCCGCGCUACAGACUCAAUCAAAUCUAUCUGAAAGUGGCAGCGCGACUUGCGAUCAUCAAGCCUCCAACACCAUCACUCUUGUAACAUGGUACACCGACAACGACCCUGCGAACCCACACAACUGGUCCUCUCCUAAAAAGCUUUGGAUCUCGUUUUUAAUUCUUACCUACACACUAUCGGUCUACAUUGGCUCUUCUCUCUACACGGCCAGCGAAUCAGCCAUUGUCUCCCUCUACGGCGUCAGCGAAGUCGUCGCUGCGUUAGGCCUCUCCCUCUAUGUGAUCGGAUACGGUGUUGGGCCAAUGCUAUUUUCACCACUCUCAGAGAUCCCGGCGAUUGGGCGAAAUCCACCUUACGUUAUCACGUACGCUUUAUUCGUGGUGUUGUGCGUCCCGACGAGCUUGGUAGAUAACUUAAGCGGGCUGCUGGUGCUGCGGUUCCUUCUUGGCUUCUUCGGGUCGCCAUGCUUAGCCACUGGAGGGGCUAGUUAUGGAGACUUCUAUGGUGGGCGAGAAAUGCCGUAUGUGAUUGCGUUGUGGGGUGGGGGGGCGACACUGGCACCGGCCCUCGGUCCUCUCGUAGGUGGCUUCGCAGUCCAAUAUGAAAACUGGCGCUGGAGCUCCUGGGAACUUCUCUGGUUCACUGGCCCCGUCUUCAUCCUCAUGUUCCUCGCCCUUCCAGAAACAUCCUCAGACAAGAUCCUCCUCCAACGCGCUCGGCGCCUACGCACCCUCACUGGCCGUACCGACCUCCGUGCUUCGUCCGAAAUACGUCAAGAAAAAAUGGCGACGGGUCAGAUAGUGUUUCAGGCGCUGAUCAAGCCGUGGGAGAUCAACAUCAAAGACCCGGCUAUGCUCUUCACAACUUUCUAUACAGCGUUGACCUACGCGAUAUACUACUCCUUUUUUGAGUCGUUCCCACUCGUGUACCAAGAGAUCUACGGUUUCAAUCUCAGUGAACUUGGCCUUGCGUUCCUCGCUGUGCUCGUGGGGCUUUGCGUUGCAGUCGCGGCAUACUGUGCAUACUUCUACUGGAUCAGCGACCCUAUUUUCGCCAAAGCAGAACAAGAAGGCCAUGCCAUUCCACCAGAAGCGAGACUCCGCCCUGGGCUAGUCGCGACCUUCUUCAUUCCUGCCGGCCUCUUCAUCUACGCAUGGACAUCCCGCCCCUCCCUCCACUACCUUAUCUCCCUCGUCGGCGUCGCGAUUAGUAUGUUCGGCGUGUUCAUCAUCUCGCAGUGCAUGUUCAUCUACCUGCCCUUCACCUACCCGCGCUACGCCGGGUCGCUGUUCGCCGCGAACGGCUUCGCGAGGAGCGUAUUUGCGGCGGGUGCGAUUCUGUAUGCGCGCCCAAUGUUUCUGGGAAUGGGGGUUGCUGGUGGGGUUAGUCUUUUGGGGGGGCUGUGUGCGGGUUGCUGUGCGGGGAUUUAUGCGAUUUUCUUUUUUGGGGAGAGGUUGAGGUUGAGCAGUCGGUUCGCGGUGACUUGA